AUGAUCAUAUCUGGAGGCGAAUCCGACUUUGCACGGCAUAUACGAGAUUUGGCCAGCAGAUGGCAUCUUGGGACUACCAACCCCUCAAACCAAAAUAAAUCAUCAAGCACCGAUAUUCACACGUCGAAAGAAACUGACAGUUUGGUGUUGGAUAGAAACCUGAUGAGUAAAUGUCCGUUUGCUCGAGGGCAUUUACAACAUGCAUCCUUCCCUCAUUUUGUCGACACCUUGAUGCAAGCAGGCCUAAGGAUCAGAUUAAUCGGCCCCAGCAUCGACGCCUUGUGGACCCAACCAGCCCUCUAUGAAGCAGAUGAGAGCUCGGGGUCACCAAUUUCAAGCAAAGGCCACCCUUUUCGGAAGUUUGAAGAGACAAAUGAAUUUUCAAAGACCAAAGCGUACGCCAACAUCUAUCGCUAA